UUUAAAUUGUUUUCCAUCGACCGGCAAAAGUAAAUAAAUUAUUCCUGAGGAUUUGCGAGGAAUUUCUUUAGCAAAUAAGAACGUUCUAUUGCAUAUUUGCAGUAUCUCAACAUUUAAACGCGUUUCAUUACGCGCUUUAACACUCUUUUCCCACCAAAUAUUUGUGCAGUACCUACAGUAAUCUCCAGCAGAAGCAGAAGCAUCUCAAUCCCGGUAGAAUGGAAGUUGCUUCGGCGAAUAAUGAUCAUUUGAGCAAGCGCUGGAACCACCUGCGGAAAAUCCUGGAACGGUCCGGUCCGUUCUGUCACCCUAACUUUACCGCUUCGUCGGAAACUUUGGAAUUUUUGCUGAACACUUGCAAAAUUCUCGUUAUUGGCGCCGGAGGGCUGGGCUGUGAACUGUUGAAAGAUCUAGCGCUGAUGGGCUUUCGCGAUAUUCACGUAAUCGAUAUGGAUACGAUCGAGCUUUCGAAUCUGAACCGGCAGUUUCUGUUCCGAAGAACGGACAUCGGCAAAUCCAAAGCACAGUGUGCGGCCGCCUUCAUUAAUGGGCGCGUCCCGGGAUGUGUCGUAACGCCACAUUUUUGCAAAAUCCAGGACUUUGACUCUUCCUUCUACCGGCAGUUCCACAUCAUCGUGUGCGGAUUGGAUUCAAUAGUCGCUCGUCGGUGGAUAAAUGGCAUGCUCAUAUCGAUGCUGGAGUACGAGGAGGAUGGUUCGGUCGAUGAGACCUCCGUCAUUCCGCUGAUCGAUGGUGGUACGGAAGGUUUCAAAGGCAACGCUCGUGUGAUUCUGCCCGGAAUGACGGCGUGCAUAGACUGUACCCUGGACCUGUUUCCACCGCAGGUCAACUAUCCACUCUGCACUAUUGCCAACACACCCAGACUGCCCGAGCACUGCAUCGAGUACGUGAAGAUUAUCCAAUGGCCAAAGGAAACUCCCUUCGGUGUGGACAUUGCCCUGGAUGGUGACGAUCCGCAGCACGUCAGCUGGGUGUACGAGAAGGCACAGGAAAGGGCAAACAGCUUCAACAUAACCGGGCUGUCGUACCGUUUGGUGCAGGGAGUGCUGAAGAACAUUAUACCGGCCGUUGCCAGUACCAAUGCGGUGAUUGCGGCAGCCUGCGCAACGGAAGUGUUUAAGAUAGCGUCGAGCUGCUGUGAACCGCUGAACAACUAUAUGGUGUUUAACGACGUGGAUGGAAUCUACACCUAUACGUAUGAGGCGGAAAAACGGUCCGACUGCUUGGCCUGCAGUCAAAUACCAAGACCGGUGGAGAUCGCUGAUCCGAAUGGAAUGACGCUGCAGGAUCUCAUUCAGCAUUUGUGCGAUAAUCCCGAGUUUCAAAUGAAGAGCCCGGGUUUGACGGCGGUGCUGGAAGGCAAAAACAAAACCCUGUACAUGGGGACGGUGAAGAGCAUUGAGGAAGCCACCAAGGGUAACUUGACGCUGUCGCUCAACGAGCUAGGACUGAAGGAUGGGCAGGAGAUAAUGGUUGCCGACAUUACCACACCGAACACAAUCCUUAUUAAGCUUAAAUUUCAACCGAACGAGAUAGAAAUGUCGUAAAUGCGGGACCAGCGAGGAACCCUUCCUUUUAAAAGAUCAACAUACAUGGACAAGCUUAGAGCCAGCAUAGGAUAUGUAACGUGUCAAUAAAAUUUGUUUAUAACAAUGCA